GUCAGGCCCGUUUUCUCCGCGCGGUUGGAUGUGGCGCGCUGCUCCGAGCUGCUGUCACUCUGCGCGAGCUCGAAGAUGGCGGUGUCCGUGUUUCCCGGCGUGCGGCUCCUCUCUAUUGGGGACGCCAACGGAGACAUCCAGCGGCAUUCCGAGCAGCAGCCCUUGCGGCUGGAGGUGAAGGCCACGCCGGACGCGGCGCUUCUAAACCUCUCGAACAAUGAGGAGGCUAGCGUGUUUAAGUGUUCGGUGUCACGGGAGACAGAGUGCAGUCGUGUGGGGAAGCAGUCCUUCAUCUUAACGCUGGGCUGUAACAGUGUGCUUCUGCAGUUCGCCUCCCCCACAGAUUUCUCCUCGUUCUACAAUCUGCUGAAGAACUGCCGUGGCCAUUUGAACGAGCACUCGGUAUUCAGCGAGAGGACAGAAGAGUCAUCGGCUGUACAGUACUUUCAGUUCUAUGGCUACCUCUCUCAGCAGCAGAACAUGAUGCAGGACUAUGUUCGAACUGGAACUUAUCAACGGGCCAUUCUCCAGAACCAUACCGACUUCAAGGACAAGGUGGUGUUGGAUGUAGGAUGUGGCUCAGGGAUCCUGUCAUUUUUCGCAGCUCAGGCUGGUGCACGUAAGGUGUAUGCUGUGGAAGCCAGCACCAUGGCUCAGCACGCAGAGGUUUUGGUGAACAGUAACAGGUUGACCGAGCGCGUGAUAGUAAUCCCAGGAAAGGUGGAGGAGGUCACCCUACCUGAGCAGGUGGACAUCAUCAUCUCCGAGCCCAUGGGCUACAUGCUGUUUAAUGAGAGGAUGCUGGAGAGCUACUUGCAUGCCAAGAAAUUCCUAAAACCGAAUGGUAAAAUGUUCCCCACCAUUGGCGAUGUCCACCUCGCUCCUUUUACAGAUGAGCAGCUUUACAUGGAGCAGUUCACCAAAGCCAACUUCUGGUACCAGCCAUCUUUCCAUGGGGUGGAUCUGUCUGCACUGAGGGGAGCUGCCGUAGACGAGUACUUCAGACAGCCGAUUGUGGACACAUUUGACAUCCGAAUCUUGAUGGCCAAAUCUGUGAAAUACACAGUGAACUUUUUAGAAGCUAAAGAGGAAGACCUUUAUAAGAUAGAGAUCCCCUUUAAGUUCCACAUGAUGCACUCGGGGUUGGUGCACGGCCUGGCUUUCUGGUUCGAUGUUGCGUUUAUGGGAUCUGUGAUGACCGUGUGGCUCUCCACGGCACCCACUGAGCCCCUGACUCAUUGGUAUCAGGUGCGCUGUCUGCUGCAGUCGCCACUCUUUGCCAAAGCAGGAGACACCAUGUCAGGCACGGCCUUGCUCAUCGCCAACAAGAGGCAAAGCUAUGACAUCAGUAUUGUUGCUCAAGUUGACCAGACUGGCUCCAAGUCCAGCAACCUCCUGGACCUGAAGAACCCCUUUUUCAGGUACACAGGCACCACCCCUAACCCUCCUCCUGGCUCACACUACACCUCACCCUCUGAGAACAUGUGGAACACUGGGGGGGCCUAUAGCAUGAGUCAAGGCAUGGCUGUAUCAGGAAUGCCGACAGCUUAUGACCUCAGCACUGUCAUUGGUGGCAGUGGCUCUACAGUUUCCCACAACAACCUCAUCCCCCUUGUGAACACGGGGAUUGUGAACCACACUCACUCCAGAAUGGGCUCGAUCAUGAGCACAGGAAUUGUCCAGGGAGCUACAACCCAGCAGGGUCCGACCAGCAGCAGCACCCACUAUCCCGUCACUAACCAGUUCACCAUGGGAGGUCCUGCCAUCUCAAUGGCCUCACCCAUGGCCAUCCCCAGCAACACAAUGCAUUAUGGGAGCUAAGGCGCCUCCCUGCUUCCCCUCCCCUUUGCAUGUCCAGCCUCCCAAACUGACCACAGCCUAAACCAGAUUACCAAAUCCAGUGCUGCAGCAUCUGACUGUCACCCUCCCCCAUCUCGCUCUCUCUUUCUCUCUCUCUCUCCUCUUGAUGUAUAUUCAUAUAUAAAUAUAUAUAAAACCUUUUUCUCUGUCUAUUUCCGUCCCCGUCCCCCCCACAAUGCCAGCCUUUGCGCUGUCUCGGACAGCCGGAGGUGUGUCACUCUCCUCCUCCUUCACAGUAGUGCAGUUCCAGGAUCAACCACAAGGAGGCAGUGGACUGUCUUGAGCUUUGGGAUUUGACGGAAUGUUCUUUGCAGAACAGUUUUAAAAAAAAAAAAAAAAAAGAAAAAAAAGUAAAUACUUAUCAGAUGUAUGUUCAUACAAGAGACACUCAAUGAAAAGUCAGUGAUGGACCGUUUGUAAUGAACCUGAGAUUUAUGGCAGGGCUGUCUUGCUGUUCCUGGGUCGUCUUUUUUUCUUUUUCUUUUCUAUUUUGUUCCGCUUUCUCUGCAUCCAUGUCAAACUAUUCAACAAUAUCAACUAUUGGCAUAAAUCUAGUCUCAGCCACCUUGACCUUUCUAAACAUUUGCAAUGCAGCUGGAUUUCCUCUCUGGCUUCCAGGAACUUUCAGGAACUAUCAUUGCCUGUAGAAAACAUAGUGUAGAUAGAUAGUCUUGUAGCUCAUUCCAUUCUGGAGCAACUUUUUUUUU